AUGGCUGAUGAAGAAGAACUACGUGAUAAUUUGACUAUCAAAGAAGAUCCAUCACAUAAAACAAAGCCAGAUUCUGGAAUCAAAAUUAUUCGUCCGCUUAUGGAUACCAUAAUAACCAAAAAUGAUAAUGAUGUCACAUUUGAAUGUGAAUUAUCCAAAAAUGUUCAAGUUGAAUGGUUAUUUAAACAAGUACCAAUACAUACAUCUGAAAAAUAUACAAUUACAUCAUAUAAUUCUAUUCAUCAACUUCUUAUAUCAAAAGUUAAUUUCAAAGAUCAAGGUGAAUAUUCUAUUGGCAUCAAUAAUAAAAUUUUGUCAACUGCUCAACUCUUUGUUAAAGAAAAAGGAAUUAUAUUUCGUCGCGGAUUAAUUUCACAAACUGUUGAAGAAAGUUCAUCAGCAAAACCAUCAAAUGCUGAAUUUGAAUGUGAAUUUGAUUAUCCGAUUAAAAAAAUUAUGUGGUAUAAAAAACAAACUGGACCAUCAACUGGUUUAAGUGUUUCGUUAGCAAAUCUUACAGUUAGAAAUAGUUUUCCAUAUUUUGUUGUUCGAUUAACCAAUAACAAUGGAUUUAUUGAUGAAGAAAUCACUUUUUAUUGUCAAACAAGUGGCCCAUGUCAAGUAUUUUGGUUACAUCGAGAAAAACCAAUUAAUCAAAAUGAUUUAAAAUAUACUAUCGAAAAUAAGAAUUGUUCAACAGUUCAUACACUUCAAAUCAAUGACUUGGAUAAAGGUGAUGAAGGUGAAGUUUCAUGUUCGAUUAUUCAAAAUCCACAACAACUUACAAGAUGUCAAUUGCGAAUUGAUAUGGAAAAAGAUCCUCAAUAUGAAAAUGAUGAAAGCGAUGUUGAACAGGACUUCUAUGGAACCAGUCAAAGUACAAUUAAAACUAAUGGUGCGUCGGGAUGUUCCAUCAUCUUAUUGGACGCUAGUCUUAAUGGUAAACCAUAUUGUUACUUGAAUCAUCUAGCAACAACUGAUCUUAAGCUAUUCGUUGGUGGUGGUGCACAACAAGAAUGUGAUCUUAUUCGAGAAGCUUUAUCCUUUCUCAAAACAACAGAAUUCUCCCAAGAACUUAAUGAACUGUUUCCUGAUCGUGACGCCCGUUUCUUAUAUCGUCAACUUAAAAAAACAUCAGUGCUACAACCUGUUAGUUAUCUUAUUACCCAUGAGGAAGAAACACAAGGUAAGCAACUAAUUUAUUUAUAA